CUUCCUCCUCCUCCCGAUCUACUGGAGAUGCGAUCUCCUCCCCAGCCUCAGCAUGCUUCUUCGGCACGGGGGGAGGCGACACCCCUUUACUGAGCCAGCCAGCCAGAGGCGGCGGCGGCGGCGGCGUCCCUCCUCGCCCGAAGGAGGAAUAAGUUUCCCGGAUUCAAAAAAGCGUCUGUCCUCAUGAGCGCCCGUUCUGAUGCAGCCAAUGGUCAUGCAGGGAUGCUCUUUCACCCUCCCCAGAUGUCAUGAGUGGCAUGCCACAGGCCAAUCCCGUCGCAACAGCACCUCCCACACACAGUCUCAGGUUAAAACGGCCCAAGAUGGCGCUGCACCGUCCUGUGUGAACCAAAAGCCUCCAAACAGCGCCGUUGGGCUCCAGAUGCCUCUGGAGAUGAAUCUUUGCUGGAAUGAGAUUAAAAAGAAGUCACACAAUCUUCGGGCUCGUCUGGAGGCCUUCUCGGACCACAGCGGCAAAUUGCAGAUUCCCUUGCAGGAGAUCAUAGACUGGCUCAGUCAGAAAGAUGAGGAGCUCUCCGCCCAGCUGCCACUCCGUGGGGACGUCCUCCUGGUGCAGCAGGAGAAGGAGAGGCAUGCGGCGUUCAUGGAAGAAGUGAAGUCCCGGGGGCCCUACAUUUACUCAGUCUUGGAGUCGGCUCAAGCCUUCCUGACUCAGCACCCAUUCGAAGAAGUGGAAGACUCAAAUCCUGACAGCAAAGAUGUCUCCCCAAGACACCGGAUCCAGAACAUCAGCCGUUUCGUGUGGAAACAGGCGACGGUGGCCAGCGAGCUCUGGGAGAAACUCACCGCCCGUUGCGUGGACCAGCACCGCCACAUUGAGAGGACCCUGGAGCAGCUGCUGGAGAUCAAGGGCACCAUGGAGGAGCUCAGCACCACCCUCAACCAAGCCGAAAGUGUGCGAGAGACGUGGGAACCGAUCGGAGACCUCUUCAUCGACUCUUUGCCGGAGCACAUCCAGGCCACCAAGCUGUUCAAAGAGGAGCUCUCCCCCAUGAAGGAUGGAGUGAAGCUCGUGAACGACCUCGCCCACCAGCUCGCCAUCUCCGACGUGCACCUGUCCAUGGAGAACUCUCGCGCCCUGGAGCAGAUCAACACCCGCUGGAAGCAGCUGCAGGUCUCCAUCAAUGACCGGCUGAAGCACCUUCAAGAUGCCCACCGGGACUUUGGACCAGGAUCUCAACAUUUCCUCUCAACCUCAGUCCAGGUCCCCUGGGAACGAGCAAUUUCUCCCAAUAAAGUCCCGUAUUACAUCAACCACCAGGCACAGACAACAUGCUGGGACCAUCCCAAGAUGACCGAGUUGUACCAAACCCUAGCCGACCUGAACAACAUCAAGUUUUCCGCUUAUCGCACAGCCAUGAAAUUGCGCCGUGUGCAGAAGGCCUUGAGACUGGACAUGGUGACCCUUCCAACAGCCUUGGAGGUCUUCAACGAACAUGAGCUGCAGCCCAGCGACCACGUGAUGGACGUGGUGGAGGUGAUCCACUGCCUGACUGCCCUGUACGAGCGGCUGGAGGAGGAACGGGGCAUCCUAGUGAACGUCCCUCUCUGUGUCGACAUGACCCUGAAUUGGCUGCUCAACGUUUUUGACAGCGGACGCAGUGGGAAGAUGCGGGCGCUCUCCUUCAAGACGGGCAUCGCGUGUCUGUGCGGCACGGAGCUGAAGGAGAAAUUCCAGUACCUCUUCAGCCAGGUGGCCAACUCCGGCGGGCUCUGUGACCAGCGCCACCUCGGCGUCCUGCUCCACGAGGCCAUCCAGGUCCCGCGGCAGCUUGGGGAAGUGGCAGCCUUUGGCGGAAGCAACGUGGAGCCCAGCGUCCGCAGCUGCUUCCGCUUCGGAAAUGGAAAACCGGCCGUUGAGUCUGCCCAGUUCUUGGAGUGGGCUAACCUGGAGCCGCAGUCCAUGGUGUGGCUAGCAGUCCUGCACCGAGUGACCAUUGCCGAGCAAGUGAAACACCAGACCAAGUGCUCCGUUUGCCGGCAGUGCCCCAUCAAAGGCUUCAGAUACCGCAGCCUGAAGCAGUUCAACGUGGACAUCUGCCAGACCUGCUUUCUGACAGGGCGAGCCAGCAAAGGGAACAAGCUGCACUACCCCAUCAUGGAGUACUACACGCCGACCACCUCCAGCGAGAACAUGAGGGAUUUUGCCACCACCCUGAAAAACAAGUUCCGGACAAAGCAGUAUUUCAGCAAACAUCCCCAGAGGGGCUACCUGCCAGUCCAAUCUGUACUGGAGGCAGACUUCAUUGAAACGCCAGCUUCCUCUCCGAUGUUACCCCACGCCGACACCCAUUCUCGGAUCGAACACUUCGCCAGCAGGCUCGCCGAAAUGGAAAGCCAGAAUUCCUCCUUCUACAAUGACAGCCUUUCUCCGGACGAUAGCCUGGAUGAGGACCAGUACCUCUUACGCCAUUCCAGCCCCAUCACGGACAGAGAACCUGUCAGCAGCCAGCAGGUCCAGGACAGCAGCGACACAGACGAUAAAGGGGAAUUGGAGAGGAUCUUGGCUCACCUGGAGGAUGAAAACAGGGUUCUCCAGGGAGAGCUCAGGCGCUUGAAGUGGCAGCACGAGGAGGCGGCAGCGUCGGCGGAAGGCACUCCAGAUACGGCACAGGACCCACCCAGCGAGGAGCUGCUAGCGGAGGCCCGGAUCCUUCGGCAACACAAGAGCCGCUUGGAGACCCGGAUGCAAAUCUUGGAGGACCACAACAAGCAGCUCGAGUCUCAGUUGCAUCGCCUGAGAGAGCUGCUUCUGCAGCCGCCAUCGGAUUCCAAGGGAGACGGUUCCACAGCCUCCUCUUUGGCUUCCUCUCCUCACCCGUCCGAGGGAAGCCAGCCUAGGGGAAAAGACCCUAGCACACCAAACACGGAAACGGCAGAUGAAGUGGUGGUGAGUACUCAGGACGUCAGUCUGUGUUUGGAAGAUAUCAUGGAGAAGCUGCGUAAUGCUUUCCCCAACCCCGGAGGACAAAGACCUCACCCCUUGGCCUUCCUGAAGAAGUCCCUCAAGUUCUCCUAGAUGCUUUUCAGAUCUGAGAAUGGGCAGCAGCCGGUCCGACUUCCCUUAUCUAACCCCUCCUGCAAGCGAGAGGCUUUGUCUAACCUUGGCAGCUGUUUCUCUCCUUUCCUCUCACCUGCGUCCUCCCCCUGUGCGGCGGGCUUCACUCGGAACCUUUCGGCCCCGAUCUUGGCAGAAGGUUACCAGAAUCCCCGCAGGCUUUGGCACCCAGGAGAGCAGCCCUUAGUAACUUCAGAGCGCUUUUUGGAAGGCCCGUCCGGAGCCACCCAGAGCCUGGACAAAGUCAACUCAUGGCACCAUUAAGAGGCUGGGUUCAAAGAACUCUGCACGACCAGGAGCGGAUAGCGCACGGAGGCACCUUUCCGCGCGAACUACAAACUGACACGAAGAGCAUUUUCCUCUCUGUGGUUUGUGAACUAUCGGUUUGGGGGUUGAGUCAGGAAGUGACCUAUCGUGGUUUUUGCCUGAGUCCGUGGCCUGCGCCAAAGGGUGGUUUAAGAGGACAGGGACUGGAA